AUGAAUUCUGAACAAAAUGUUUCAGCGAGAUUAAAUGAAUACUAUGGGUCAUCCGAUAGAAAUAUGAACAAUGAUGAUAAUUCGAGAAACUAUAAUAUAACAGUGAUUACAGGUGUUAAUAGUGAUGAUCCUAGGUUAUCAGUACCGACUAGGAUUAAUAGUAGCGAAUGGGAGAAAAGGAAGAGAAAUACUUUUGCCUGUAUAAGUUGCCAUGCUUCUAAGCAAAAAUGUGUACCAUCUGAUUUAGAUGAUAUAUUCUUAAAGCCAUGUCAAAGAUGUUUUAGAAGUAAAAAGAUAUGUGCAUUUGAUUUGUCCAAGAGAACUAGAAAGAGAAAGAGUCGAUCUAUAGGCCCAUUGAAACAUUCUGCAUCUUCUGAAGAAGUAAGUAAUCAAGUCAAAAUUAGUAGCCAAAGCAUGCAGCAUUCAAUUACUUUACAAGAUCAGUCUCUAAUGAAACAAAAUCUGGCAAAUAUACCAUAUUCAAACCAGAAUGUUGCUUUGUCAUGUUCUGGUUUAGAAAAUCAGCCUUCUGCUGAUCAAUCUUCGAUCAAAACAACUGAUAAAAAUAUCUUACCAGGGAUCCAACAAAGCUUAUAUGAUUUGUGGCCAACAAUAAACAAGAAUAGAUUAAAUAAUUCCAAUAAAUUAGAGACUCCAAUUUCUAAUGCACCUGUACUGUUUCCAUCUAAUGGCUAUGAGGGGAAUGCUGGUUCUUCGGUGCCAAGUUAUAAUGAGGUGUCAGAGGACAAAUCAAAUAAGAGAAAAUAUAGAGGCUCAUAUAUAUACAACUCUUCAUUUAGAAAACAACUUCGUUCACUAUUGGAACAGCAAAAGGGUAAAAUUGUUGAAUUGUUUGAAAAAUUCAAUAGAUUAUCUGAAAAAUGGAAUGCUACUGUCCUAAAUACUUAUUUUACAGACACAUUGACUGAUCCUGUCUCUAUUGGAAUUAUAUCGCACAGAGAGGCAGAAUUACGACUUCAACUUUAUAGGACAGAAAUGACUGAUAGAAAUAAAUUACCAUUCGUCAAAAGUUUUUCUGAAAUAUCUGUCGAUACUCUUAGAACAGAAAAACCUAUUUACUUUUCUGCAAUCAUGUCAAGUGUAUCUGUAAUGAUGGCAGAAAAGGAUACAACUUACGAGACCAAUUUAAAAUUGGAUAGCUUUAUGCUGCAUAUCAUCAAGAAUCAGUUAUUCAAGAGCAAUGUUAAAUCGAUAGAGCUUUUAGAAGGGUUGUUAACUUUAUGUUUAUGGUAUAACAUUCCAGAAUGGUCAAGCAAAACACAUUAUCAUAUUUUUAAUUAUAUCUGUUGUUGUUUGACUAGAGACUUAGGACCCACAUUUGUUGCACGUACUUUUGAAAUUUUUAAUGAAGAUGACCCUUUCCAUAAUAAAGAUCAAUACAAAACUCCCUUAGAAACUUACAAAAAUGGACCAAGGCUUACUUUGGUAAAUUACAUCUCAUCCUUAAACAUAUCUUUAUUUUUAAGACAGAGUAACCAGAUAAGAUGGUCAUCAUUAACUGAACAUGCUUGUAAAUCUGUUCUAGAAGAAAAAGAGAAGAAUUUAAUGCCAAAAAUUGAAGACGAUGACAGAAUGCUGAUAGUAUUCGCAAGAUUAAAUCAUUUAUUAGAAAAGAUACAUUUGCAAUUAUAUGAAGCCUCCGAUUAUCACGAAGAGGAUGAUGAUCCUGAAUUUACAGAUAAACAUAUCAGAAAACUGAUUACAAAGUAUGAACUUCAACUAAAUAGCAUCAAAGAAGAAAUACCAGCUACUCGCCAUAGAGUGCUUGCAUUCUAUUACUCUGUUGAAGCAUAUUUCCAUCAAUUUAUUUUAAGGAAGUUCUUAAAUGAAUCACCUAAUCCAACAGAAUUGACAGAGGAAGUUAGAAUUGCAUUUAUCAGAUGUAAUAAAUGUUGUAUGGCCACAUUACAAGAAUUUGCAAAAUUAGAACCUCAGUUCAUCGCGUCGUUACCAUUAUUUCACAUUUCAAGAAUAAUAUAUACCGUUGGUUUACUUUUGUUGAAGGUCAGAUUUUGCAGUGUGACAAUGCCUGUAUUCCAUGAAUUUUUAGCUGACACCGAUCCAUCAGUAGAUGUUGUGAAUGAAAUUUCUAAGUUACUUGAAAGAACUGCAGAAAAAUACGUAUACAAUACUUUCAUAUUAAAAUUCCAAUAUGUUAUUGCAUUAUUUGUACAAACAUAUGGUAAUAAAGUGAUAGAUUCAGCAAAGAGUUCCUCAAGAAGACAAUCAACAAAUAAUGAACACGAGAUUAUCAAUAAAGAGAAUAUACGAGAAUAUCCACUGGAUAUACAGAAUAGUGAUACACUAAUUAACAAUUAUGAUAAUUCACAAAAAGAAGUCGUCCCUACUCAAAAUCAGAAUACUUCUAGCAAUAUAUUCCCUUCUGUAAAACCUGAGUUUGAAAAUGAGGUGCUCUUACCAACAGAAACAUCUUCAUCACCAUCUACAUCAAGCAUAAAUCUAAAUGAGUAUCUAGCUGAUAUAGACUCAUUGGUACUUGGUUUCAAUGCUUUGAACGAUGAAUUUUGGACUGAUGUAUUUAACAUUUAA